AUGGUGAACAACGCCGUCGUCGUGCCCGUAGCGGUACUGGCCUCGAUAUGCGUGGCAAUGUUCCUCUUCGUCUGCUGGUGGUUCCCUCGCCACUACAAGAAGGGCGUCGAACAGGACAUGAACAUUAUGGAUAGCGAGCGCGCUGCGAGGGAGGAAAUCCAUAACGACAUGGGCCAAUUGCAAGUAGGAGAGGACGGCGCGCCGAGGAAGAAGACCCUCGAAGAACACAUUGCCAUCGCCAGAGAACAGAUAAGACGAGGCGGUCACAACCCAUCGACGACUCCAUAUUAA